AUGCAUGGCAAGCGGGUCUGCGGCAACCGGCGGUGCCGCAGGCGGCGUCGGUAUCUGCUGCGGCUCGACGUCUCCGGCAGCGGCGCCGUCGAUGGCGGCGUGAUUCGCGCCAUCGUGAGCGCCGCCGCCGCCGACGCCGCUGCCGCUGCAGCGCCCAUUGCGUCUCCGCCCACGCCGGCUGCGCUGACGUGGCGAGAGGGCAAAUCGAGUGAUGAGGAAGAGCACGGGGGCACCGCUGGCGGUUGGCUUCUUGGCGGCAGACGUGGUGGCGGUGACGACGGCGGCGGCGGAGGCGCGGCUGAGGAGGCUGCCGAGCUGCUGGCGAGCUUGGGGCUUGAGCCUGAAGAAAGCAGCAGCAGCAGACACGGGGGCUUGGAGGGACGGGCGCGCAGCAGCAGCGGCGGCGGGGGCCUUGAAGGGAGCCCGCACGUGCGGCCCACGGAGCGGCGGCGGGUCGGGCGUGUGCAGCUCGGGGCGCUGCUCGCGGCGGGCUGCCCGCUGGGCGCGUGCGAUUUGGGGGCGCUCGGCGCCGCCGGCUGCCUGCGGCGCCUCGCGGCGCUCGACCUGCGCCACUGCGAGCCGCUGCGCAGGCCGCCGCAGGAGGCCGCCGCGGCGAGCGCGCCCGCGGCGGCCCGCGGCGGCGCCGGCGGUGGCCUUCAAAAUCGCGGGCCCGAUCACCCGCUCGCCGCGGCGCUUGUGGCCAGCAUCGAGCCACGUGCGCUGCGCGUGCUGCGCCUCGACGGCUGCCACCUCAGCGACGCCGCCGCGGCCGCGCUCGCGGCGCACUGUGGCGGCUCGCUGUCGGAGCUCUCCCUCGUCGGCUGCCGUCCCCUGGGCGACGCCGGCCUGCGCGCCUUAGCGACGCGCUGCACGCGCCUGCGCGCGUUGGCCAUCGGCGGCGCAGGCGCGCACUGGCGUGAGGACGCGGCGCUCGCGGGCGCGCCGGCGCUGGCGGCGCUGACGUCGCUGCGCGUCGCGCGGCGCGCGCUGCUGACCGACGCUCAGUUGGCCGCGGUUCUCGCCGGCUGCACUCGGCUGCGGUCGCUGCAGCUCGCGGGCUGCUACAGCCUUACAGACCGCGCGUUCGCCCCCCAGCUCCCUCCGCCCCAGCUCCCUCAGCCGCCGGGCCACGACGGCGGCAGCGGGGGCAACCUCGGCAGCAGCAGCAGCAGCAGCAGCAGCAGCAGCAGCGGCUGUGCCGUUCACAGCGGGGGAAGCAGCGCAGCCAGCUGCCCGGCGGCAGACGACGGGGCCGCCUACGAAGUUGUACCGCAGCAGGCGCCGCCCCUCCAGCAGUACACGUCGAUCACCGAUGUGUCACUCGUGGCCAUGGACGCGUCAUUCACCGGCUCCGGCCUCGCGCGCCUGCCGCGGCUGCGCUCGCUGCGGCUGAGCGCGUGCCCCGGCGUCACGCCCGCCGCGGCCCAGCUGGUGGUCGCCUGCUGCAGCCGGCUGGCCGAGUUUGAGCUCCCUGCCCACCUGGCGGGGGCCCCGCUGCCGCUGCAGGCGGGCGCGCGGGGCGCGGCGGGGCGGCUGCACGUGAGCGUCGACGGGCGGGGGCUCGGGGCGGGCGGAGCGGCGCCGGCUCGGCGGCGGGGAGGGGGCGGAGGUGGAGGUUGGGGUUAG